AUGGCCGUAGAUCGAACGGAGGAUUAUCGCGACACGGUGAAAUCUCUCGCUGUGCGGCUUGGGUACGACCAGGCUCGCCUGGCGCAGGUCUCAUCUGCCAUGAUGCUCAAACCCACCUCAGGGGGCGGCGAAGCUUCCACGAAGGACGCCUUCGCCAGGCUGGCAUGUGACGUGCUAUCAGACGAACGUGCGCUGCACUCUGCCUUGAUGAGCGAGGGGCGGGAAUACUGCAGUGCUGCUGCUGACCACGUGGUUGGGCACGCGGUGAUGGAGAGACGGCGAGACGCGUUCGAAGCAAAGGUGGGGGGCAUGGUGAAGGAGUGUAAGGAGGGGAUAGAGGCGCUGCGAUGCAGAUUGCCCCCACCAGGAGGGGCCAUGGGGCGGAACGCACAGUUGACAGCGCAUCAGCAUGGCGUGGUGCUCAUACUUACUGAACAUCUGCAACUUCUCUCCUCCACCUUUGAGCGUCUGCGACCACCCGGCUGCAGCGGAUGCUGGCAGACAGCCAGCGACAGAGGCAAGGGGGAGGGCAGGGCGGAGGACAGGGUGACGCACUAUGAAACUAUGUGUCUCCUCCCACCCCCAAACCCUCACUCUCAGGUGCUCAUCCUAACCGAGCAUCUGCAGCUUCUCUCCUCCACCUUUGAGCGCCUGAGAUCCACCCGGCUGCAGCGGAUGCUGGCAGACAGCCAGCGACAGAGGCAAGGAGGGGGGCAGGGCGGGGGACAGGGCACAUUAGGGAAGCAGGGGCGGAUACAGGCUCUCAAGGGGGUACGGGAGAAUGGAAGGGAUGGAGGGGAGCAGGGCGGGGGGAAGGGGUGGCAGGAAGAGGGCGGCGAGCAGCAGGGGAGGGGGGGUGAGCACGAUAGGGGGCGGGAGCAGGGGGGGCGAGAGCAGAUGAUGCAGGAUGCAGAGACAGUGGCGUUGCAGGAGGAGUUGAGGGGGCUGCUGAGCAGCACGGCGCAGACAGAGGCGAGGGUGAUGGAGCUGGCUGCUCUGAACCACCUGUUUGCCGUGCACGUUCUGCAGCAGAGCGAGCAGGUUCAUCAACUAUAUGCCGAGGCAGUGGCAGCAUCAGAGAGAAUAGACAAGGGCAACAAGGAGUUGAAGAAAGCAGCGUCCCACGCCAGCAGCCAGCGCACCUUCCUCAUCCUCUUCUUCUUUGUGCUGCCGCUCUCACUGCUCUUCUACGAUUGGUACGACCGGCGCCAACGGUUAGGAUUCGGGCUCUGGUAG